AUGCGAUUAUUAAUUAUUUUUCCAUUAUUGGUCGCCUACUGCUCAACCUACCAGGAUCUCUACAUACUCAUAGACGAAAUCAGUCUUUACAAUUGCAGAGGAGUAAAAAACGAGAUAAAAAUUGAAGAAGAGGAUGUGAAUAUAGUUAAUGAAAAAGGAAACAAGGUCUACUAUAUACAUGCACCCGGAAAUUAUUCCUUACACUUUAAAAGGAUCAAAGUUGAGCGGGAUUUCGGUUUCCUUGCCGGUGAAAUUGGCGUCACCCUGCAAGUGCCGAUUAUCGAGGGCCCAGCAGGGAUUCGAUUCGACUUACCGUACACAAUGGUUCCCGAAACGGGUUUGUUGUCGCAACAGUGCGAUGAACAUAGCGGAAUCAUCGAAAGAAAUGGACGACAGUAUUGCAGAUACUGCGAUUUGUGUGGAGUAGGAGAACAGCUGGAAUCCGAGUUGAACGGAAGAAUGCACCAGUUCCUUCCUGUAGCGCCUGGUGACACUCAAGCUGAUGGACAACGGUGCGGGUCGAUUUCUGCGAGCGAGUACGAUUUCAAGAGGACAAUCAGCCUUCCAAAUCGAGACACGCUAGAGCAACUCAUUCGAAGUAAGGUUCAAGGAGUCGACGAUGAGGUCAGAAAGAGGCUAAACAAAGGGCGUGGACGAUUCCAAGUAUUUUUGAACCUGAUUUCUGCCGACAAGCCGUCCAUUUCACAGAAGCGUUGGUUUGAUGGUUCAAAAGAAUGUAAAUGCUGCAAGACUCGGUCGUCUUCGUGUGGAUCCUUGUCUUACCUCUACUGCAAUAUUGAAGACUGCAAAAGUGGCUGGGCUCUGCAGUGCUUGCAUAACACCGCCAGAAUAGCAGCCUGUUACACUGUCGAGUUCAACUACAGAAUGACUACAUCGUACGUGGACGUGCUACAAUUCCUUCAACAGAACGGUUACCCUGACCAAGAACUUGCGGUUGCACAACCCCAACCUGUUCAGAUGAUUAUGGUACGACUCAUAGCUGUCCUUGUUAAUCUUUUGACCACCGAGAGAGCUUUUUCACGUAUUCCCUAUUUUAAUUUUCCAAAAGAGGACUGUUUUCGUUUUUUUCCCUCAGCACGAGAGAACUCGCCGUUUUUCAAGGCCAAGCGCUGCGCCCAUGGAAUCUGCUCUGCCCGAACAACCAAUGCUAUCGCUAGCGGAACAAUGUGUGGCAGCGAUAGAGGAACGAAAGACACACUUGAGGAGGUACUGCACGAUAUUUUGGAAUUCGAAGCUGUGCUGUUUGCAUUGUAA